GUGUUUGAAGUGAAGUGAAGUUUUGCCUCUGAAGAGACCGUGUUCAUGCGACUUCACGGUAUUGUCUGCGCAGUGUUCAGUUCUUUGAAUUCCGGUGCAGUGAAGAGAGUUGUCUGCGUUUAGUGUCGUUGAAUGCAAAACAGUGAAACAUCAUAACAACUGCCUUCAGCAAGCAUAACACCAAGCAAGAAACAACAGGGAUUUACCACGGUUGAAGUCCAAGUCGUCAACUCGUCGUAGACUCUCUCUUUGAUGAUAGAGUUGGAGUUGGCGCAACACGCCAAAGUCGGCCCAGCUAAUAAUCCGCCGUGUUAGGGUCGGUGAAUUCGAGAAAUGAUGAUUUGAAGAGUAGUUUUGAACACACAUGGUGAACACACACCUCCACCAACCAGCCAAUUUUCGCUCGAAAUCCUCGAGCGGGCGUUGUUGCAACAACUUUAAGGCCUGGAGGCCGCGUAAUUGAAGAUUUGUUUGACUAUCCCCCGAAAAAACAACAACAACAACAACAAUAACCAGCUCCUCAAGCAGUUAAUCAACCAAUCGGGCUUCCGGAAAUGAUCAACCAGGCUUCAAAGAUCUAAUCUCCGUAACCUUCAUGAACCAAACGCUGCGGACGCUGUGGAACUAUGUCGUCGACAUCUUCUGGAUCUAUCUGCGAUUUAUGGUGCUAGCAGUGGUGAUAUUCUUCCUGGUUCAGUGGUACAUUCAGAACUAUGACGCCGUGGACGAUGAGACCAUCAAGAAGAACUUGGAUAAAAUUGGAGCCCAAGAAUCAAUGAAAUCGGGAAAAAGUGAACUGUGAAGAUGUUAAAAUUUGUGAAAUGUAUGAGUUGAGUGAAUAAAAAAUAAGAU